AUGUCACAGAAAGAUUCCCUUGCUAGAAGUCGCAAGCGCGUUUUCGACUCUGUGUUCGCGCCUGUCAAACUGAUUGGAAAUGCUCCAACUCCCUUAGCAACGCCAGCGCUCAGGUCCAGUGCGCCGGACCAAGCAUUUGGCUCAGUAAAAUCAUCAAGAGCCACAAAGGUCAAGCCAGAAGGUGUUGUAUGGAGUCGAGCUUGGCAUUCAGCGACUGAAUUUCUGCUUCUGCCGGACAAGAGCUUCGAUACACCUGACUAUAUUGAGUAUGCUGAAUCGCACCAUCGGUCGAAACAGAUUACCAGCGAAGCAGAUGAUGCUUUAACUAAUCUACUGUCACCGUCUUUUCGUGACAGAGUUCUACAUCAGGGUAUCAAGGAGUAUGAUUUGAUCCACUGGUAUUGUAAUGAGACCCGACGCCAUUUCAUAACUAACUUGCAAACCGUUCUGUGCACUGCCUUGAAAGAAAGCAUCGAUGACCCUUUGGCUCAAACUGUGCGCUGUCUACAAUUGGCACAGCAUAUGUAUUUCACACCCUUUUUAAAACAUGUGGUGCCAAAAUUGGAUACUACAGAACGCGAAAGCUCGUUUUUUAGGCUACGGGAAAGUUUUCAGACCAUCGUUGCCCACUCAUUGCCAUCAAAACGCAUAUCGCAUCUACUAGAAUCUACCUUCCGGAAAAAUGCUGUUGACAUUCUAGGAAUUACUCAGGCAAGAAAUGACCAAUUAGAAGACUCUGAAUCGAAUGGCAUGGAAAUCGAUUCACAGUCUUCAACUACUUACAGACUGUGGAGAGAGAUAGCAUCGGAAGCUGCUCGAGCUCAUAUCAUGUCGGAACACAACGGUAUCCAGACGAAUGACUCCAAGCAUAGGUUUCUUUCAUUACUGCAAGCUAUGCAAGAUGUUGGCCUUGGCGGUCACCGAGCACAAAAAGUCUUCGCCCAAGUCAUGAACGAUAUGAUGACUGAAUACAUAAUCACAAGCUACAAAGAACAAUGGGACACACCCUCUCUCGUUUCGCAGCAUCUACGUUUGUGGGUCGAGAAUGUGUUCGCAAGGCUCGCUGUUGAAGUGCUGGCAAUUUUACAACCGUCUAUCUCAGAAAACGCCGAUGGUUAUCUGGAUAAUGUUCGUUUUAAUGAUGUCGAGAAAUGGCAGGAGAUUGGCCUGGCUCGUCUGGGCGCUCUACGCACCAGUGAACUGUUUGAUGUGAUCGUUGAUUGGGAUUCAAGUAGCGGCGCUAUUGAAGACCUCAAACAGUAUACAACACAUACUGCAUCUAGGUUUUCAUUAUCCAAUGCAUUCAUCGGCAUGCUCACCCAGCGUUUAUUGCACCCAGGAGCUUCCACGGCUGAAAUUUUGCAACUGUAUAUCUCGAUUAUUCGAGCUUUCAGCCUUUUAGAUCCAAAAGGCGUUCUUCUAGACCGCACAGCUCGACCCAUCAGAAAAUACCUUCGAGACCGUGACGACACAGUUCAAGUGAUUGUCGGAGGUCUCCUUGCAGAUACAUCCAGCACGGACUCAGGAGAAAAUGAUGAUAACGGUGAAACUUUGGUUGAGCUUGCAACCGAACUGAGCAAUGCUCAUCAGCGGAAUCUUCAGACCGGAUCCAGUGAGCUGGACUGGGAUGAUAUGAACUGGGUUCCUGACCCCAUCGAUGCGGCCGCAGACUAUAAGAAAUCUAAAGGUGCGGAUGUGGUUGGUAGCCUAAUAAGUCUUUUCGAUUCCAAGGAGGCAUUUGUGAAAGAACUUCAAAGUCUAUUAUCAGAGCGACUGCUCAAAAAGAAGGCAGAUUUUGACCAGGAACUGUCGGUGUUGGAGCUAUUGAAAAUCCGAUUUGGUGAUGGUGCUUUGCAAGCCUGCGAAGUCAUGCUGCGCGAUGUUCUUGACUCGAAGCGUCUCGAUGCUGUUGUUCGGAAUGACCAAGGGUUAGGCGGGAAGCAGCAAUCUGCUCGAAGGCAGAACAACCAGAACAUGCCGCAGUUUCAUUCCAAAAUUCUCUCGCGAUUCUUCUGGCCGGCUAUCCAUGAUCAGCCAUUUAAUGUACCGGAAGAGAUCAAGAUGCUGCAACAACGGUAUUCUACUGGUUUCGAGUCCCUCAAACAGUCUCGCAAGUUAACCUGGCUUAAUGCCCUUGGACACGUAACUGUCGAAUUAGAUCUCGAAGAUCGAGUUUUCACAGAUGAGGUCACAACAUGGCAGGCUACAGUAAUAUACGCCUUCCAGUCCAGGUCUCCGAGUUUUGAGAAUGCACCGGCCACCAAGACUGUGGCCAAACUCGCCGAGACGUUGAGUAUGUCUGCUUCGCUGGUGCGCAGCGCUUGCUUAUUUUGGGUAAGCAAGCGUAUCCUGACAGAGGUUCAGCGAGACUCUUUCCGCGUUCUCGAAGUACUUCCCAACGACGGAGACCAUGUAAUGAGUGGCGGCGAUCAGGAAGCUGCGGAUUCGUCUGCUACAGAAGCCAACGCUGCUGCUGGGGCUGAUGUCGCCGCAGCCGCAGCAGCAAAGGAGACAGCAAAUGCUGCAACAAUGGAGAAGAUGAACCUUUACUGGCAGUUUAUUGUCGGAAUGUUGACAAACCAGGGUGCUAUGCCUUUACAACGGAUUAUCAUGAUGCUCAAGAUUGCAGUACCGGGCGGGUUUCCAUUUAGCAAUGAAGAGCUUCGGGAGUUCCUUGCGAGCAUGGUUGCUCAAGGGAAAUUGGAGGUUGUCAGUGGUGGCAGUUAUAAAAUUGUACGAUGA